CGGCAAUAAAAUGUCACCGGCUCGAGAAUUUGAUCAGAUUGCUUGACAGUUACCUUCCGCCGUUAGCCCAGACGCUCUGUAAUAGAACACCAUGGCAGACUCCGACCGUCCUGCAGAAGAACGCUCCGCAGCCGCCUCGAUAAGCCCCGCCAAAAAAUCACCGGAAAUAACUUCGUCCAGAAGCAGACGGCCGAUUCCUUUGCGACAGCUUCUCGCUAUCCUCGCGGCGAGUGAUACUACUAUUUAUCGCUUGAAUAAACUACUCUCAACAUCCUCCGGCCAGGAAACAGCCCUCGCUACGAUCGAAUAUGUCGCACAAAUCCUCCAUCACUUCCUUACAUCUACGCCAUGGACCGCCAUAAGAGCACGUCUAGAGCAGCUGAAUCUAUCCAGAGCCUUCUCUAAUAGGUCCGGGGCCGACGCAACCUCAACGUCAACAUCAACAGCUAAACCACGUCUCCUCGCCCUCUCCUCCCUCAUCUCAGAAACACGCUACAACAUCCGUCUAUUCGGCCUCAUCCCGCUAUGGAUGUGGGGAUCCAAUACAAUCAAAUCGCCCCCGUCGGACCGGCUAGUUCGCAGCCUGACCCUUCUCCAGGUCGUGGUGAACAUGCUCUACCAAGCACUGGAGAACGUCGCCUAUCUCGCGUCCAAGGGGAUUGUGUCGAAACGUUUCGUCGACAGAUACGGGGGUAUCGAUAAGUGGUAUCUAUGGAGUACGCGGAUGUGGUUCGGACAUAUCAUCUUGCAGUUUGUGAAGUUGUGGAGACAGCAUGUUCUGAGAAAGGAGAAGGAGGAGGAGAAAGGGACCGAUGCCCAAGUUGACAAAGAGGCCGCUGACAACGCUAGGAGGCGGGAAAUCCGCGCUUGGAAGAAGAGCCUCGUGAGCAAUGUGCUCUGGGCACCGCUAUGUCUCCAUUGGAGUCUGGAGAAGGGACUGGGGAUUCCCGGCUCCGUGACCAGCUCCGUCAGCUUCCUGGCUGGUGCUUGGGAUCUGUGCGAUUCGUGGAAUGUAACUGCCCUGUCAUGA